UAUUGAAACAUGUGAUAUUAUUUUGUACUUUUUUUUGCAAAUUUAUAAACGUUGAAAAUGUAUUUAAGACAAUUUUUUAGAAUUCAAAUUAUAAAUCAAUUAGUUGUACGUUUACAACGUACGUAUCCAGUAAAGCCAAUCCUUAAUUCGAUGCCUCAAAGUCAUUAUGUGUCGUGCAAUCGAAAUUAUCGUACACUUUUUGCUAUUCAUAAUCUAUCAAUGCCCGUUGAUGUCCUUAAUGUGGAUUUAAAAUCACCAAUCCAUUUUAUACAAAAACGGUAUAAGAAAAAGAAAGCCGGUAAACAACCGCAACGACCUUCAAAACAAGAUGAAGACGAUGAUGAUGAUGAAGACGAAGAUGAAGAUUCUGAUCAAGAUGAACUAAUGGAUGAAUCGGAUCUAGAUUCACGAGUUCUCAAUACAACCGUUAUGACAUGGCGUUUGGAUGCCUUUGGUAAGACGUGUUUCAAUAUAUCAAGAGCGAAAUUCGAAGAAAGUUUCUACAAUGAUCUAAUUCGUGUGAAUGGUGAACGUGUGGGUAAAAAAAGCUAUGAAGUACGCGAAGGAGAUGAAAUUGAUUUGAUUCGUGGUUUUAAUCUUGACCAACGUGACCGAUUGGAUGUGAUUCGUUUAAACAUAUUGAAAACAGAUGAUAAAGCAGCAAGUGGUGGUCGUUAUCGUAUUACAUUCCGUAAAACGAAUAAACUAACCAUCGAUAAUUAUGAACGUGAUCCAUACGAUGGUUUAAUGAUUAAUACCCAAUCAUAGGCUUGACAAGUGAAAUGCAUUUGUUAAUAAACAAUUAAUUGAUUAAGAUAUCUAA